AUGUUCAUCUUCGUGGUGUUGUUACUCUCCGUAGCAAAUCCUAUAAGAGCGUGUGGGGGCGGCGCAGGAUGCUGUCCACGACCUCCACCACCGCCAGUUGUGACAUGCGGAAGCGGUUGCCAACAGGGAUACCAAUGUGGAACUUACGGAUGCUCCAAGAGGAAAGCGUUCUCGGCUCUCACCGCAAGAAUUGAUGGCGUGCUAGUGGGUGAUGAGUACGCCGAAGAAGCCUAUACUCUACCUCUCGCUCACAAUACGAGCAAUGUCGCUGUGAAUAUCAGCCAUGACAAUUUGAUUAAUCCAAACAACAUUUUCCACAUGUGUUGCGAAGCAAGAGGACUUCCUGACGCUUGUCUUCGACAUUGUCACUUCAAUCGUUACACUGCAACUUCACUCGAGCGAAUGUUCCAUAAAAACGACCCGUGUCCGGUCGAGGCGGCUCACGAGAUCCACUACUGCGCGGCCCAAGGAAUGGAUCACACUAAGGAUGACUCUGGAUGUGAUGUUAUUAAUGUCGGCGCUUCUGGUAUGGAUUUGUUAAGCAAACGUUUUAGAGCGCUUAAAAUUGCUAGGGAAAAUUAA